AUAGCAAGAACAAUAAAAUUGGAGAGCAAGAAAUGAGCAAGGGUGUAGGCCCCAGAAGAAAAGCAGUGAGCCAAACCAAAAUCAACCAAUUCACUCACUUUCUCUCCUCUUUCUCCUCCUAACUCGCUCUCUGACUCACCUUUCCUCCGAUCUCAACUCACUCCAUCAAAUCAAAGCUCCGAUUUGGAAUUUGAUCACAUGGCCACGAGAAACAGAACAUUGCUGUUCAAAAAGUACCGGGAUUCUCUCAAGACCGGGCGUGCUCCGGCGCCGAGAUCUGCCGGUCCGGUCAUCGAGAUGGCCACCACUUCUCUGAUGAACCCUAAUAAAUCUUAUGCUCCUUUAAGUACCGAGGAUCCUGGAACUUCCAGUAGAGGGGCUCUUACAGUAGGUCUACCUCCAGCUUGGGUGGAUUUGUCUGAAGAAAUAACAGUAAAUGUCCAACGCGCGAGAGGAAAAAUGGCUGAGCUAUCAAAAGCUCAUGCCAAAGCAUUAAUGCCAUCGUUUGGAGAUGGUAAAGAAGAUCAACACAGGAUUGAGACACUUACCCAGGAGAUAACUAGUCUUUUAAGAAAGUCAGAGAACAGAUUACGAAAACUGUCUGCUGGUGGGCCUUCUGAGGAUUCAAAUAUUAGAAAAAAUGUGCAGCGAUCACUUGCAACUGACCUUCAGAGCCUUUCGAUGGAACUCCGCAAGAAACAGUCUACGUACUUAAAGCGACUUAAGCAGCAGAAAGAGGGUCCGGAUGGGGUUGAUUUAGAGAUGAACUUAAAUAGAACUCAAUCUGGAAUGGAGGAUGAGGAUCUAGAUGACAUGGUGUUCAAUGAACAUCAAAUGGCCAGAAUAAAGAAAAGUGAGGCUUUUACCGCAACAAGGGAGCGGGAGAUUCAACAGGUUGUAGAAUCGGUGAGUGAGCUUGCCCAAAUUAUGAAGGAUCUAUCAGUUCUUGUUAUUGACCAGGGAACUAUUGUGGAUAGAAUAGACUACAACAUACAAAAUGUUGCUGCUUCAGUUGAAGAGGGCUUUAAGCAGCUACAAAAGGCGGAAAGAAGUCAGAAGAAAGGUGGUAUGGUUAAGUGCGCUACAAUACUUGUUAUCAUGUGCUUCAUCAUGCUGGUCCUCCUUAUUCUAAAGGAGAUAAUUUUUUGAUUUUGCAACUUAAAUCUUGCUCACAACCUCAUUCAUUGGACAGUUCCAUGCAACUUAUACACAAGCAACAUGCCGAUUACCACAACACUUAGUAAAAGAAGUGGCGUUUCAAACCACUGCAGAUAUAUUAAUUCUCAUUACCCUUUUUUACUUGCAGAAGUUUUGGUUUAUCCUUUCUCAUUCUUAUAUCCAUGUAUAGGAGGGCUUAUAUUAAUUUGAGGAUUAUUGUUCCAGGGACAUGUAUAGCAGAAGUUUUCAUUGUAAUUGGUAAUAUGGUAUAUCGGGGUUGAAGGGGUUUGAUACUGUUCCCUGGGAAAUUUUGUAAUAUCUAUACGGCAUUGAUUUCUAUGCAUUAUUUUCAUUUA